CCCACCUUCUGUCACAACCCCCAGAUACUACUUUUUGUUAUCACAUUACAUACCUUUAUACUGACAAACUACAAUGAAGUUCUUGUUUACUGCACUUCUGGCUCUCCUGCCCUUGGCGCUGGCUGCCAAGUCCCUCAAGUCCGUUAUCAUCACCUUCCCGAACGGUACACCUGACCGGGUGAUUGACCAGGCCAAGGACUCUCUGGUAGCUGCGGGCGGCGUAAUCACCCAUGAAUACCAUCUCUUCCCUGGAUUCGCAGCCGAAGCCCCCGUGAAUGCUCUCCAAACCCUCUCGACCCAGGAUGCCGCAUACAAGCCCACUAUCGAGGAGGACAAGAUUGUCAGCGUGAACGGCGACUAUGUCGGCCAGGAGCACACGUUCUAAAGUGGAGCAGCAACUAUGAUAUUUAGCAGAUUUUUGUGGAUUUUGUCCUACUGCAGCUGGUUCUGAGGCAUGUGUGACAACACGUCGGUCGGAGACCGGCCAUCACGAUGACGCAAAUUAAUGAGGCGCACACUAUGGCUAUCGGAGUACAGGGUAUCAAUAAUUUGGAGGAAUUGGACUUUUAUGGGAUUGGAGUUUCGGCCCCUGCGUUUUGACUGAUUACCGUGACUUGGGCAAACUGAUCCCGAGGGAUCAAAUGGGUGGUUGUUUUUACUUGGCUGGGAUCUAUUGUAGUAUAUGAAAUGGGUCAAUUAUGCGAGUUUUGCUUAUGAUAGUUUUCUACACAUGAUUAGUACACGAAUGC